CUGCCCAGCUUUUAAAGCAUUGCGGAGAAAUAUACAUUUGAAUCUUUCACGAAUUUGAAACAAACUCGCACUUUAGGCAUUGCACAGCCAUAUGUGUGCUCUGUUGAGACAACGGAUGCUCCUGUCGAAAUUAUGCUUUUACUACACCUUUCGAAGUCCUAGUCUCUGUAUAUCUGGGGUGGAUCAAUGCUGGAUUCUCUGCUUCAUGCAUACUCCUCUCCUUUCUCUCAGUCAGCUACACUCGCUUGCUUCACACCCGGGGGCGCAUCAACCAGCAUAGGCGCCUUUCGUUGGCUCCAAGGUGGACUGGAUGCGAAUAUGUUCUAGUCUGGAAUGCAACGGUUUGGACAGUCUGUUUGGAAAUGCGGGUGGUGUAAUUAGGACGGAAAUUAAUAUCUCCUCUCAUUGCGCUGCUCUGAGUGCCAAGCUCGGUGCUUUGCUUAGCGGCCUGUAAACACAAAAUGUCGACCCGAACGCCAUUGCCCACCGUGAAUGAGCGCGAUACAGAGAAUCACACAUCCGUGGAAGGAUACACAGAGCCCCCAGCCCCACCUGCCAAGUCUGGGAGUCGGCAUAGCUUGCCCCGAUGUCGGAACUCUGUGGCUUCAACAGCCGAGGAGCAGCCACACAUUGGGAACUACCGGCUGCUCAAGACUAUCGGCAAAGGAAACUUCGCUAAAGUCAAGUUGGCCCGGCAUAUCCUGACGGGUAGAGAGGUCGCCGUGAAGAUAAUAGACAAAACUCAAUUGAACCCCACUAGUCUACAGAAGUUUCGCAUCUUGCAUUCUAAGCAGCUCUUUCGCGAAGUAAGGAUUAUGAAGAUCUUGAAUCACCCCAACAUAGUUAAAUUAUUUGAAGUCAUCGAAACAGAGAAGACACUCUAUUUGAUAAUGGAGUACGCCAGUGGAGGCGAAGUGUUUGACUACUUAGUUGCACAUGGACGGAUGAAGGAGAAGGAGGCGCGGGCCAAGUUUCGUCAGAUUGUCUCUGCAGUGCAAUAUUGCCAUCAGAAGAGGAUUGUUCACAGGGAUCUUAAGGCAGAGAACCUGCUUCUGGACGCCGACAUGAACAUCAAGAUCGCUGACUUUGGCUUCAGCAAUGAGUUCACGCUGGGCAGCAAGCUGGACACCUUCUGCGGCUCUCCUCCCUACGCCGCCCCGGAGCUCUUCCAGGGGAAGAAGUACGACGGGCCUGAGGUGGACGUAUGGAGCCUGGGGGUCAUCCUCUACACGCUGGUCAGCGGCUCACUGCCCUUUGACGGGCAGAACCUAAAGGAGCUGAGAGAGCGAGUCCUCAGGGGAAAGUAUCGCAUCCCUUUCUACAUGUCUACAGACUGUGAAAACUUGCUCAAGAAAUUGCUGGUGCUCAACCCAGGCAAACGUGGAAGUCUGGAGCAAAUCAUGAGAGACCGCUGGAUGAAUGUGGGCCACGAGGAGGAGGAGCUUAAACCCUACACGGAGCCUGAGGUGGACAUCAGUGACAUCAAACGGAUAGAACUGAUGGUCACCAUGGGCUUCUCCAAAGACGAGAUCUCUGAGGCGUUGGUGGGACAGAAGUACGAUGAGGUCAUGGCCACGUACCUCCUGCUGGGAAGGAAACCUGUAGAGUUUGAGGGCAGCGAGUCCCUGUCCAACAGUAACCUGUGUCAAAGGUCACGACCAAGCAGUGACCUGAACAACAGCUCUAGCCAGUCACCCGCCCACUCCAAGGUCACCCGCAGCAUAUCUGCCAAUCAGAAACAGCGGCGCUUCAGCGACCAUGUUGCACCCUCUAUCCCCCCAACGGUGUCCUACACCAAGCGGGUGCAGGCCAACAGUGUGGAAAGCGACAAGAAGGAGGACUGGGACGCCACACGUAAACUGGGCACCACUGGCUCUAAGGGUGACGUGCCCGCCUCGCCUCUGGUGGCACAGGAGACAAGGAAGAAGUCCUCCACAGCCUCAGGGAACAGCGGUGCUAUGACGCGAAGGAACACGUACGUGUGUGAGCGCACCAGCACCGACCGCUACUCGGCCAUCCCCAACGGCAAGGACAGCAGUCUGACGGAGGUGUCCGCUGCAGCUGGAGGCUCCUCACCAUCGUCCGGGGCGACUUCGGCUGCCACCUCAGCACGACCCCGCCAUGUAAAGUCCAUGUCAGCCUCAGGCCACCCCAUCAAGUCUCCACUGCCCCCUAUAGACGACAACACAGAGUACAAAAGCACUACCCAGCGGCCCCCCGCCGCCUCGCCCUCGGCGCACAGCAUCAGCAGCAGCAGCAGUGCCACGCCCGACCGCACGCGCUUCCCCCGCGGCAGCUCCAGCCGCUCCACCUUCCAUGGCGCCCAGCUCCGCGACCGCCGCUCGGCCACCUACAACGGGCCACCGGCGUCGCCCACGCUGUCACACGACACCGGGGCCCUGGCGCAGGCACGCAGGGGCACGUCCACAGGCAUCAUCAGCAAGAUCACCUCCAAGUUUGUUCGCAGAACAAUGUCUUUCAGGGCUUACCAGAGGGCCCCGAGUGAAGGAGAGGCCAGUGGCCGGACAGACACCCCAAGGAGCGCAUCCGGGGAACCCAGGGAAGAUGGCCGGGACUCGAAGCCGCGCUCACUUCGUUUCACCUGGAGCAUGAAGACCACGUCGUCCAUGGAGCCCGGCGACAUGAUGCGUGAGAUCCGAAAGGUCCUGGACGCCAACAACUGCGACUACGAGCAGCGCGAGCGCUUCCUGCUCUUCUGCGUCCACGGCGACGCCCGCCAGGAGAGCCUGGUCCAAUGGGAGAUGGAGGUGUGCAAGUUGCCCCGCCUCUCGCUCAACGGUGUGCGCUUCAAGCGGAUCUCGGGGACGUCCAUCGCCUUCAAGAACAUCGCGUCCAAAGUGGCCGACGAGCUCAAGCUGUGAACGUUUUAAAGCCUUUUUUUUUUUUUUUUUUUAAACAAGCAAACAAACUAAAGACUAUUAAUGUACAAUGUUGAAAUCCGGUAAAGGGGUGGGGGUCUGAGGGUGAGGGGUCUUGAGUCUCCUCAAGUUCACAGGCAUCCUUGAAAUUGACACGCUAUGCCGCCAUAUUGAGAAUAUCGCUAUUCCAGACAACUGCUGUAUUGUGUGGUGAAACAAAUCGUAAAGAAAAUACACGUGUGUGUGUACCCAGAAUCAGAAUUAACACGUUUUGAGAACCGAUAAGGUAGAAAAGAAAAUAGACCCAUCAUUGCAAUAAUAUGAGACUGUUCACACUGAUGGCUUGCUCAUUUCAAUUACAUUGCGCAGGGGGGUUGAAAUAAAGACUGCAUCGCAAAUUUUUCCACAUGUACAGUUACAAAAAUUGAGAAUGUGUUUUGUCGAGUUACAUAGAGUUGUAUAAAACAAGACUCUUCAGCAUAACGUCUGCAGGUAUUGUAUAGUCUUGGUUUCUGUACAGAAAGUGUAUGUUUAUUGUGUCAUACUGUAAUUUUGGGGGGUUUGGAAUUAUCUUUCCUUGUAUUGUCAACAUAAUGUGUAGAUUGUUUGCCUCCACUGAAAUUUUAAGUUUAUUUUUUUAUUCUCACAAGGAACAAAAAAAACUGCUUAUUUCCAUUUUUUUCUUUGACAAUUUUUUUCCCUCCCGUAUACAUAAUUAUUCAAUGACUUGACUGAAAAAAAGGAAAUUGCAUACAUACGUACAUCCCAAAGCCCUAAGUCAUUCCUCUUAAUGCACUAUUUUGGCCACUUUCAUGUUGUUCAUCAUGAAGCAGUGCCGGAUGGUUAUUUUAGCACUACAGUUGACAAUGUUCUGUUUAUUGCAUUGACUUGCAUAAGGGAUCUUUAAGAAGGCAAACUUGGACCUGGGCAAAUCCUGCCUUUACACUUAAUGGAACUACAAUGUUGAGCAUUAUUGAAAGGACCAUGAUUUGUCCACACGGUAAGCCUUAUGUAUGCAGUCUUAAGCUUGACAUGAAUUGCGUAGUCAUAUUUUUAGGAAUAAGCAAAUUAUUUAAACAAAACAUAACCAUAAAUUAUGUAAAUGUAAUCAAAUGCUGUCCAAUGACAGGCCAAGAGAUUAGUUAUGAAUGCUUUAUCUGUCAUGUUUUGCAUAAGACCGCACAAAGCUUGAUACUCAGUGUUAAAACAAAGCUUAUUGUCUCUUUAAUGGGACUUUAUCAGAGGCCCUAGCACAGGUCAUUGAUAUUCAGAAGAAAAACCAGUUUUGGUUGGUUUAUGCUUUAUUUUCAUUUUAUUUGUUCUUCUUGCAAUUGUAUUUAUUCCACCACAUUAUGCCUUUUUAAUGUGCUGCUUGAUGUUUCUGAGGCAUUCACCUGUACGAGAGGAAAAUAGGAUUUUAACGUUUAUUUUUGGAGAUUGUUUAAACAUUUGUUUUCUCCCCCACUUUGUAAUUAGUGAUUGCGAUGAGAGUACGUCAAAAGAACCACUAGUGCUGGUACAUUUCUACUCGUUAUUUUGUACUUAAGUCAUGAGGGUUAACUGUGCAAUGGUAUUCCAUGUUGUAUUACUGUAAAGAGCAGUCGGUGUUAGACCACACCCUUAAAAAGCGACAGAGAAAGGAAAACGCAGGGUGUUCUUUUUCAAUGUCCUUUUUUUGGAAAUUGAGGAUGGGGGGGUCUGAAAACAAGGUGAAAAGCUGUGACAAACCCUUUGAACCAUUUUCGCAAGCUGAAGUGUCACGUCUCUAUUCGUCUACGAGACAUUUUGGGAGAUAAACGUCUGGGAGAGUUGGAGAGGGCGUUAUUUUAUUGUCGCUGUCCAGAAACGACAACUUAAGCCUCGCCAUGCGUCACUCAAGGGUUAGAUAGGUAUAAGCAAAAUGGAAGUCUCCAACCUUGCUCUUUGCUAGGUUCGGUGGCUUUUUAAUCCGUUUUGCUCAUACUUGUGCCAAUCCCUUUUUACCUAUCUACACAAGUGCGCAUGUGAGAGCUGGAGGGUCGUCCCUGUACAGUGGUGCGUGGCACGGCCGUUGUCGAUGCAGGUUCCCAUUUUUUCUAUGGUACACAUAAUAGGGAGACUUGUCAUGUUGCCUUAGCUGAAGGAGCAGAGGAUCAGAAAGGGUUGAUGAAAUGUAAAUGAUAACACCCCCACCUCUAUAAAUGCACCCUCCCCCUCUUCCACCGUUCCCUCCCCUCCACAGUCCAUCCCCCUCAAUUAAACCUCCCCCCCCUCACCUCACUUACACCUCAUCCACUCCAACAUACAUUCGAGGAAAAGCUUGAUGAGUCAUCUAGAUUCAGUCUCACUGGUGCACAAUAUUAAAGCUUACUUGAAAGGAGUCUCGA